GCUGAAGCCGCCGUGACGGCUGCUAUGGUGUGACCGACGCGUCGAGUCACGGCUGCGUCACACUACUGGCAGCUCAGCGCGUACAACCAGAAAGAUCUACUGCCAUCAUACUCUCUCACCAGCUGUCAAUGCCAGACUCAGAGUGGCAAUUCCGUGCACAAGACACAUGCGUACCCAUGUAUAUCACUUGAUAGGACGUACCAACUGGUUGUUGUGGUUACCCCCUGAGUGUCACAGAUCCGCCCUCAAGUUCCCCGAGUCAACAACCUGCUCCAGAUCUUGUCUUGCUAUCAUCCUUCCAGUACCACAACUUUCUGCUAGUAUCUGCUCUCAAUUUGCACAAAAUGCCUGUCGAUCUCGCGAUCUCGAAAAUCACGGCAAGGGACGUUCUUCACCUUGCUGUUGAUGUGGCAGCUGCGACCCAAGAAUUGGCCAAUCUUGCCUCGUUCCCGCCAGCAGCCAUAGCCGCAGGCAUGUUGCUCGAGAUUUUUCAGACUAUCCAGAAGAUACAGACGAACAAGGCAGAUUGCGGGCGGUUGGCCAAUCGUUGUCUAUCAAUCCUCUGCCGCACUCGCGACCAAAUGGAAGGCCGUUGGGUGGAUGCGCCUCCUUCCCUCCUAAAGGCGCUCAAGGCCUUCGAGACUACCUUGGAGAAUAUCCAAGUGUUCUUAGCAGGCGAGGCGUCGAAGAACUGGCGCACGCGGUUGCAAAGGAAGAGUACCAUUGAGAAAGCGUUGGCCAGUCUCGCCACACAAUUGGAUGAUGCGGAACGUUCGUUUCAGAUUGCAACGUUAAUUAACAUACACCGUGCCGUCGGAGACGAGCGCAAGCGAGUGACUUCUGCCGUUCGGAAGACCGAGAAUUCAUGCUCUGGAGCGAAAAGUACUCCCGUCGGGCAAACUACACACUCCGAAUUUAUUGCAAGUCAAGGCACGGCGACCCGGAAAGACUCUGACAUGUCAGACACCUCUACUCUUGUGGAUUUGACGGUGUCACAGAGGCCUGAAGUGGUCCAGCCCGUGUCUAAAGACACCGUUGGCUCAACCUCAGACGUCGUCUUAGAAGUUGUCCCUGUCGCGCGAUGCUCAGGGCCCCAGUCUGUCGAGAGCCAGACAUCCCUCAGUGUCGCCUCCUCCCCCAAGCUAGCGUUCAAAUCUGCUGCUGCCAAGGUGAAAGCUCCCGCAAUAGAUGACGAGGGCUUUCGACGAUAUCACCAAUCCGAUCUUGUCCUUCGAGGGCGCUCCCGCGUGCAAGAUGGAUGGUGGGCAGGGGUGACUCAGGCGGAGGUCGACGGACGGCGUGUGUUAGUCAAGCGGUAUGAGGGCCCUCGAGACGCAACGUCUGAGCGAUGGAGGCGCGACGUGGAUAUUCUGCGACACGUCCAUGAUACCGAUAUGGCACGCAUGCUCGGUUAUUCACGCGACGAAUGUCCCACACCUUUCAUUGUGCUUGCAAACAAUACAUCGCGAUUGCCUGAUGGCCUUUUCUAGAUACCUCUACACGUCUGGAUUACGCAGCUGUGCGUCUAAUGACUGGUUAAAGGAACACAGUGUCAACUCGUAUAAGACGUUAAGUGUAAGCUGUACCCAGUGGCCGGUCUUUCUCAGGCGAUUGGCUGUGUCGCCGUACAGAAUCAUCAGUCGUCACGUCCGCCCCGCCCGUCACAUUCUAAGUCAC